UUUGUAAAAGGAACAAGUCAAUUUAUAUAAAUUGCUACGUUUUCCUAUAAUUUUAGACCAAAUAUUGAAUAUAAAUCAGAAAUCUCUUGAGAAGAUUCCCAUGGAAAUGUUUUCCACAUAUCAACUUCUUCCCUACCUGCUUCCUUAAAGAUAGCUUUCGCACUAGUAAGGCCAUAAAUUAAUGUAGAUGUAGACUUGUAAAAAUCUCUGUAACUCUCCUCUGUUGUAAGUAAGCUGCUGCUAGUUAAGCAUUUCAGCAAUAAAACAGCUGUUAAGUACUUCUACCAUUCUCCAUUCUCUGCAUAAAAACCAUGGUUAGCUCCAUAGCUCUUCUUUUCCUUGUUCUCUUCCUAACUUCCUCAGCUCGGUCUUUCGCCGACGACUUCAUCUUCAGCGGAUUCAAAAGAGCUUCUAAUCUAAGCUUGGAUGGUUCUGCGCGCGUCACGAACGACGGCACGAUUCAACUCACCAAUGAAACUAGAAGAGUGAUGGGUCAUGCCUUCUUCUCCUCUCCCGUUCGUCUGCUCGAUAAUCAGCACGGAAGUUCGUCAGCGCUUUCUUUCAGCACGAUCUUCGUGUUCGACAUCAUCACCAUCGGGACGGGCAGCGGCCAUGGCUUGGCUUUCGUCAUGUCCCCGUCAAAAACUCUCCCUCAAGCCGAUUCCGGCCCGUAUCUCGGACUCUUCGGUGCAGGAAACAACGGGAAUUCCUCCAAUCAUGUCUUUGCGGUCGAAUUCGACACGGCCUACAUCCCUGGGAUGUUCAACGAGACGAACGGCAAUCACGUCGGGAUCGACAUAAACAGCAUCAUCUCGAAUAUCUCAACGCCGGCCGGCUAUUACUCAAACGAUUCCAACAAGAAGGUUGAUUUGGACUUGAAAAUGGGGAAACCGAUUCAGGCGUGGAUCGACUAUAGCGCCAACACAAGAGUCCUUAACGUGGCCAUUGCUCCUCUCUCGGUACCUAAACCCGGCCGCCCCCUCGUAUCAUACACCAUCGAUCUCUCGCCGAUUUUCAAAGAGUAUAUGUAUGUUGGAUUCUCCGCUUCGACCGGAAAACUUGUAAGCUCACACUACAUCUUAGGUUGGAGCUUUCGGACCGACGGAAUUGCCGCGCCGCUUGAUAUUUCUCAGCUGUCGAUUCCUCAGCCGCCGAGUGCUAGUUCGUCUUCAAAUUCCAGUUCCAAGGCCUUGGCAAUCAAGAUUGGAGACAUAACUUUUAUCGCUACGCUGAUCGUUGUGGGCACGGCGAUCUCCAUCUUCUUUUAUCUGAAGCAGAGAGCGAAACUCGCGGAGACUCUUGAGGAUUGGGAGCUUGAUCACCCCCACAGAUUCCGAUACAAGGACCUUUACAAGGCAACUAAGGGGUUCAAAGAGACGGAGCUCCUCGGUCGCGGCGGCUUCGGGCAAGUCUUCAAGGGCGUAAUAAAGGACACCGGCGAGGAAGUGGCCGUAAAGAAGAUCUCGAACAAUACUAGACAAGGGAUUAGAGAAUUCAUCGCGGAGAUCGCGAGCUUAGGGAGGAUGAGACACAGGCACCUGGUCGAGCUCAAAGGGUGGUGCAAGCGGAACGAAGACCUUCUCCUCGUCUACGAGUUCAUGCCCGAGGGGAGCCUCGACACGCUCCUCUUCGACGGCAAAACUAGUGCAACACUCAGCUGGCAGCAACGGUUCAAGAUCCUCAAGGGCGUUGCCGCGGGAAUUCUCUACUUGCACGAGGAAUGGGAGCAGGUGGUCGUCCACCGAGACAUCAAGGCGAGCAACGUGCUGCUCGAUUCUGCCAUGAACGCGAGAAUCGGCGAUUUCGGACUUGCGAGGCUGCAUGAGCACGGGACGAAUCCCCACACGACUCACGUGGUGGGGACUCUCGGCUACAUGUCGCCCGAGCUAUCGCGCACGGGCAAGCCGACGACUAGCUCCGACGUCUUCGCCUUCGGGGCAUUGCUCUUGGAAGUGGCCUGCGGGAGACGACCGAUCGAACCGGACGCGCCGCCGAUGCAGCUGAAUCUGGUGGACUGGGUGACGGAGUGCUGGGCAAGAGGAGAGCUGCUUGGAGCUGCAGAUCCGAGACUCGGAAAGUUUUACGACGGGGAGGAGAUGGAAUUGGUGCUCAAGCUGGGUUUAGUCUGCUGCCAGUCUGCGCCCGAGGUUAGGCCGAGCAUGAGGCGGGUGAUCCGAUACCUGAAUGGUGAUGAGAAUCUCGCGGAUGAUGUGAGCCUCGUCUUCUCGGAAAGGGAGUCGGUGAAUUUGGCAUCUGGAGAUUCAUGUAAUUCGUCUUGUGGGAUAAUCUCGACGAGCUCCCUCAACAAAGGAAGGUGAAUGAAUCCUGCCAGUACAUAAAAUAGGCGUGUUGGUAGUCUGUUCUAGAUCAUUAGAACGGAGGACUGCAGGCAACUAAAAAUCAUCGAGAGAUGUUCUAAAUUGUGUGUUGAGUUUUCUUUUUUGUUUCUUUCCGGUUUAGAUUUGUGCUCCUAGUUUGUAAUUUUUCAUGCAAAUGUAGCUGGCAGAGCAACUAGAGCAUUGAUAAGCUAUGUAUUACGGACACUUCUGUUUGCCCAGUGUUUCCGUGUCAGACACUCGCAUGUCCGUGUUGGACAAGUGUUUGAUAUGGCCACUUUUUGGGCGUGCGUUUAAUGCCGAUCUAUAGUGCAAAUAAUUAAAAAAAUAUACAUAUUUUUUUU